AUGGAAAUAGGUCAUGUGAAGUCCGUUCUGCAACAUGCGGAAAAGGCCUAUCAAAGUGCAGAGAUGAAUUUUAUGCUGCCCAGGAUCUUCAAGUAUGGAAAGCCUGGGUGGUAUCUAUAUUAUGUCGUUGGUCAGAUGCAUCUCUUGCUUGGCGACCAAGAACAGGCAGAGCACUAUCACCAGAAGGUGUUGCACUUAGAACAACGAGAUGUGACAGACAAAUCUUUCCAAGCUCCUGUUUCGACUGAACAUGUUAAGCGCAUUCACGGGAAAGGAAUAAACCAAAACGCGACUCUUAAGAGGUCGGACAAUCCGUGCUUAGAAGACUACCUUUCCAAGCUCUCAAACGCACUGUCUCAAGCAUCGGCACGUAUAAGCAAGGGCUCCUACCUCGAAGCAGAAGAGCUACUCAGGAAAAUAUCCCAGGAAGCGCGAGAAGAAUUGGGCAAAACUCACCCUCUUGCAAUAACUGCUUUGAUCCGUCUCAGUCAAACACAAAGUGUUCGAAGUUAUUUCAAAGAAAGCGCAAAGACAUUUGAAGAAAUUCUCAAUUUGCAAAGGGAAAUGCUGCCAAAGAGCCACCAAGGACCACACAAUAUCUAUCGUGGUAUCUUCACAAGUCUAGAAACCUUAGCCUUCACCUAUCAAAGUUACGGCGACUUUGUAUCCGCCCAGGAGAGGCUAGAGCAAGCAAUCAAAGUUCUGAACGAUCAUCUUAAUAAUCCUUGGGCUAUAAAUUCUUGCAAAAAACACUUGAGACUCGUGCUUCAACAACAGGGACGACAGAAAGAAGCCGAAGAGUUGAAGUGA